UUAUUAUUUUAAAAAUGAGGGAACACCUCGUUUAUUUCUCAUGUGUUAUUUCAUUUAUGAUACUUGCACUUUGGACUAGUUCUGUAAAAGCUAAAGGAACAGAACAUGUGACAUGUGGGUCUGCUUUGAAACUAAUGAAUGUGGAGUUUAAAGUAAGAUUACAUUCACAUGAUGUAAAGUAUGGAAGUGGCAGUGGCCAACAAUCAGUAACAGGUACUUCUUCAAUAGAAGAUGGAAAUUCUUAUUGGCUUGUAAAAGCAGGAACAAAGAAACAGUGUACUAGAGGUGUGCCAAUUGAAUGUGGUGAUAUCAUAAGAUUAGAACAUAUAGCAACAAGGAAAAAUCUGCACUCUCAUCAUGUCAAGUCACCUAUUAGCAGGAAACAAGAAAUAUCUGCUUAUGGUGACAGCAAAGGAGAAGGUGAUAAUGGAGACAAUUGGCUUUUAGUAUGUGAAACUGAAUAUUGGAGAAGAGAUGAGCCUAUUAUAUUAAAACAUGUAGAUACAGAUACAUAUUUAGCAGUAAGUGGAAAAGUCUACGGCAAUCCAAUUGCAGGACAGACUGAAGUAGUAGGUGAAUAUUUUUCUAACUCUCCUCAUGUGGAAUGGGUAACAACUGAAGGAGUAUUUAUUCAUCCUAAUGACUUUAAAGCCCAACAUCACAUACAUACAGAGUUAUAA